UGUUGACCUCGAAUGAAAAUCGCAUCUCCGAGAUUGAUGUAUAGGACAUGGGUAGCGUGUUUAUGACGCCCCUUUUCCAAUAGGGGUUGGUAAGCACACCCGACCACUUAGAGCCUACAGCAAGUAUGCUCCUGACAUACCUAUUCGUAGGAUAUACGUCGGAGUUGGUGGUCGCUGAUUCAGCGCAGAGGCUCUAAGUGUAUUCAUAAUGAUAUUUAAAUAGACACAACAGACCUGAAAUCCCCUCGUAAGUCCUCGUAAGUCUGCAUUGCCACUACAGUGUCUCCCUAUAGUACCCAAGAAUCUAAAGCCAUUUUCACCAUGUCACAGGAAACCACUUCAGACGUGCCAUACUACACCCUGGCGGAGGGCCAGCCUCUCCCAAGAAACGACACGUCGACCCAGAUACGCACGGGCAGCAGCGGGGGCGGAUAUGUCCUACUCUCUUCAACCCAGCUGAUCGAGAACCUGGCGCAUUUUUCCCGCGAGAGGAUCCCCGAGCGAAGCGUCCAUGCCAAAGCCGCCGGUGCUCGAGGAUACUUCGAGGUCACGGACGACAUAUCCGACCUCACCAAUGCCGAUUUCUUGACUGGCGUUGGCAAGAAGACGGAGGUGCUGGCGCGGAUAUCUACGGUUGGGCCGGAGACAGGAUCCGCGGAUACGGUGAGGGACUUCCGCGGAUUCGCUGUGAAGUUUAAGACGAGGCAGGGGAAUCAUGACUUUGUUUUCAACAAUCAGCCAGUCUUUUUCGUCCGUGAUCCAGUCAAGUUUCCGUCGCUGAACCGCAGCCAUAAACGAGACCCAAGGACCAACAUCGCUAGCUCAGACAUGUUCUGGGACUUCCACGUCCACAACCAGGAGAGCAUUCACGCCCUGAUGUUCGUGUUCGGUGACCGCGGCCUUCCAUCAUCCCUCCGUCACGUGAACGCCUACAGCGGCAACACUUACACAUUCACCAAAUCCGACGGCUCCUACUGCUAUGUGCGCAUCCACUUCCUAACGAACCAAGGGAUCCACAACCUCACCAAUGCAGAGGGUGCCGCUAUCGCCGGCACAGACCCCGACCACCAUCUCGCCGACCUGCAGGAAGCGAUCCGCGUGGGAAACUUCCCCUCGUGGGACAUGUACAUCCAGACCAUCGCCCCCCCCGCCGUCGCCGCCGCGCCAAUCGACAUCUUCGACAUGACCAAGACGUGGCCCCUGAGCAUAUACCCCCGGCGCCGCGUCGGACGCCUGGUUCUCGACAGAAACCCGGAAAACUGGUUCGCGGAGAUCGAGCAGGCCGCCUUCAGCCCCAGCAACAUGGUGCCCGGCGUCGCGGCGAGCCCCGACCCGAUGCUGCACGCGCGCAUGUUCGCGUACCCCGACGCCGCGCGCUACCGGCUCGGCGUCAACUACACGCUCUUGCCGACGAAUGCGAGUGUGAGCGGCGCGUACUGCCCGACGGAGCGGGAUGGCGCGAUGAACUUUACGGGGAACUAUGGUGGGGAUCCGGGCUAUGCCGGGAGUGGGAUAAAGCCGGCGCGGUUCCUCGGCGGCUAUGAGGGGCAGGAGGGGAGGGCGGUGUCGGGGGUGGUAGUGGAGUUCGCGUCGGAGGUGACGGGCCGGGACUUUGAGCAGCCGAGGGCGCUGUGGGAGGUCAUGGGCAGGCAGGAGGGCGCACAGGAAAGGUUCGUAGGGAAUGUGGCGGCGCAUGUUGCGGCGGCGAGGUCGAAGGGGAUUAGGGACGAGGUUUAUGCGAUGUUUCGACGUGUCGAUGAGAAGUUGGGACGUAUGCUGGAGAGCGCCACGGAGGCGGUUGUUAAGGAGAAGUAGUUUUCAUGUUCUUCAAUAGGGGUCUCCGGAGGACUCGGAGGUACAUACCCGUAGGUACUCAAGUACUAUAUGUGGCCUGUAUAAAGGAAGUGGCUACGGUACAUGUGCUCUUUCCUUUCUAGCCAAUAUCUCAAUACAUACUUAGUAGUGAGGCAAGUGCUA